CCCAGAGGGCCCACGGACCAGGAAGAAGCAGAGGCCACGCUACGGCUUUGGCACUCGUGGCUAUCGUCGGCGACGGCAACCGGCGCCAGCGAGUGCGCAGGGGUCCCUAUCGCCUCCUUCCCGGCACCACAGUCCACCACAUCUUCUCUGGCUGCGAGCCCAGCCGCUCUGCUCUCCUCAGGAGCCGAGAGGAGAGGAGGAGAUGGCGGACGCGAAGCAGCAGCAGACGCAGGCGGCGAGCGGCGUCUGGAAGACGGUGAAGCCCUUCGCCAACGGCGGCGCCUCCGGCAUGCUCGCCACCUGCGUCAUCCAGCCCAUCGACAUGGUCAAGGUUAAAAUCCAGUUGGGUGAGGGAUCUGCAGCUACUGUCACCAAGAAGAUGCUUGCUAAUGAGGGAAUCGGUUCCUUUUACAAGGGAUUAUCAGCUGGUUUGCUAAGGCAAGCCACAUACACGACUGCUCGUCUUGGAUCUUUCAGGGUUCUAACAAAUAAAGCAGUUGAAGCAAAUGAGGGAAAGCCAUUGCCUCUAGUGCAAAAAGCUGUUAUUGGUCUCACUGCUGGAGCAAUUGGAGCAUGUGUUGGUAGUCCUGCAGAUUUGGCACUCAUUAGGAUGCAGGCUGAUUCAACCUUGCCAGUAGCCCAACGGCGCAACUACAAGAAUGCUUUUCAUGCACUUUACCGUAUUGUUGCUGAUGAAGGUGUUCUGGCACUUUGGAAGGGUGCAGGUCCCACUGUAGUGAGAGCUAUGUCCCUGAACAUGGGCAUGCUUGCCUCCUAUGAUCAGAGUGUUGAGUUAUUUAGAGACAAAUUUGGUGCUGGAGAAAUCACUACAGUACUCGGGGCAAGUGCUGUAUCAGGAUUCUUUGCAUCUGCUUGCAGUUUGCCCUUUGAUUAUGUAAAGACACAGAUUCAAAAGAUGCAGCCUGAUGCCACUGGGAAAUAUCCGUACACUGGGUCUCUUGACUGCGCCAUGAAGACCUUGAAGAGUGGGGGUCCAUUUAAGUUCUACACUGGUUUUCCUGUCUACUGCGUCAGGAUUGCCCCACAUGUCAUGAUGACUUGGAUAUUCUUGAAUCAGAUCCAGAAGUUUGAGAAGAGUAUAGGCCUCUAAGAUCUGGUUUGUUGGUCAUGCUCGCGCUGCCUAAGACAUAAUUGUAAUAAAUCCAGCUCCUUUAUAAUCCAGCAAUUGGUUCUUAUAGACAAAUUUGAACUUCUUAUUUCUUUAACCUAUAUGUUGUCCUGGUGAUUUGAUCCUUUGACGCCAAAUAGUCAUAUCAUUUGUUGUUGGUAAGAACGCUACCAAGAAAAAAUACUGAGCAGAUUCAAUUACUGUCACGGAAUGGAACCAAACUUCAUGCA